AGAGUCUUCUCCAACACCACAGUUCAAAAGCAUCAAUUCUUUGGCACUCAGCUUUCUUCACAGUCCAACUCUCACAUCCAUACCUGACUUCAGGGAAUCUAAAUCCCUGGAAGUGGAGCCUAAACCUGUUUUAACAAGCCCUUCUGAUUGAGUCUAAUGCACUCUGAAGUUUGAAAACCACUGGAGUUUAAAGUCAGCUUUUCAGUCCAUCAAAAAGUCAUGGACUGGGGAAUUCCCUGGCGGUUCAGUGGCAAGGACUCCAGGCUUCCACUGCAGGGGGCUCAGGUUCAGUCACUGGUGGGGUAACUAUGAUCCCAGCAGCAAAAUAAAAUAAAAAGACAGUCUGAGGCCUUAACUGGUAGGCGUCAGAGUACCAGUGAAAACUGUUAACUUAUUGAAUAUUUAUUUGUGCCAGGUAGUCUUCACGUGUUAUCUUAUUGACUUCUCAAGACAACGCUAUGACAUGACUGCCUUUGUCUUUGUUCUGCAGAGGAGGGUUUUAAACCGCAUUCAGAUUAAUUUCCCACACGGAGCCCUAAUUUUUUUUUCACUAGAAUUGUGAUAUCAAAGUCUGAUUGGGUAGAAGGAUAAGUAGGCCAGAACCACCAAUAGGAACUCCCUGAAGGCCUUCCUAUCACAAACUUCGUCCGCAGCUCCCUCUGCAGUCCAGGGCCCGCGCGAGUUCUCCCUCCCUCUGUCCCUUAAGCCUUAAACGCUAGUCGGGAAGCGCGUUGCCACGGAGACAGGCGGGUGAAGCAGGCGUGCCUCGCGAAAAGCAGAAGUCGGUUGUGGAAGUGUAGGCGGCCAUUUUGAGACCGGGCAAGAGGGGCGGGACUGGAGCGGCAGAGUGACGGUUGACCGGUUUUAACUUAGUGACUGGUAGAAGCCACGUUACCCACUUGCCCGAGAUGUUCCCUGUUGGCCCUGCUCCGUGGCCGAGGCUCCGAGUCCUGUGGGCGCUGUGGGCACUGCUGGUGGUGCUGUUGGCACCGUGGAGGUUGUGGGCGAUACAGGAAACGCAGGAGUGCACCUGGCAGGUUGUCCUGAACAACUUAGAGUCAGUAGGCAAGAACGAUACUAUCGAUCAUUUCGUCGAUCAAGAGCUGUACACAGUGGACAAAGUGUUCGACCUGCUAGUGGACGCGCCCAUCGACCCGGACGAGGUGAGGGGACUGGGGGCAGACGAAUGGGAGAGGUCCUGGAGCUGCACCCUUCUGGGCUCUGGACAUUUGCUCACCAUCUCCUUGCAGACAUACUUGGGCUUUCCUUACUACCUGAAGAUCAACUACUCCUGCACAGGAGAGGUGUCCUCUGAGGCCCUGGUCCGCAAGGGCCACCUGACAGGGCUGAAGCCAGUGGUGCUGGUCACCUUCCAGUCCCCAGUCAACUUCCAUCGCUGGAAGAUAGAGCAGCUGCAGAUCCAGAUGGAGGCAGCCCCCUUCCGCAGCCCAGCAGAGCGAUGUGAUGCAGAGGAGGUGUGUCUCAUGAGCUGGUAUACACCCAUGCCCAUCAAGAACGGCAGCGUGGUCAUGCGCGUGGACGUUAGCAGCAAUGGCCUGGGGCCCUUCAUUCCCAAUAAAAGGUUUCAUGUGAACAUCAACGGCUUCCUGGAGAGAGGGCGAGACCACGAACUCCAAUUCACUGUGGGAAAUGAGCUCUUCCAUCUGAUACCCCGGCACUUUGUGAAUGUCCCGUCGAGGCCACUGUGGUACACUGUGGACCAGACACCCGUGCUCAUCCUGGGCGGCAUCCCUGAGGAGAAGGCCAUCCUACUGACCGACACAAACUUCAAGGACUUCUUUCUUGUGGAGUUGAGCAUUGACAGUUGCUGGGUAGGCUCCUUCUACUGCCCCCAAGCCAGCUUCACCGCCACCAUCUACGAUGCCAUUGCCACUGAGAGCACCCUCUUCAUCCGGCAGAACCAGCUCAUCUACUAUUUCACAGGCACCUACACCACACUCUACGAGAACAAUCACAGCAGCGAGAGAUGGGUUCGAGUCCUGGCUAACGAGUGCAUCAAGAGGUUGUGCCCCGUGCAUUUCCACAGCAAUGGCUCCGAGUAUGUGAUGGCCCUCACCGCUGGCAAGAAUGAAGGUUACGUCCACUUUGGGACCAUCACAGAUGGCCUUGUGUCCUUCAAGUUGCUGCCCAGGGAUCGGUCCGUGUGCAAUGCAAUUCUAGUUGACAACUGCUCCAUCACCUGGGCCGUAUUCAUUGCUGGUGACUACAAUCUACUGAUGCUGGUGGAGAUUGUAGGCCCUACCUCCUCGAAGUAUUUCCAGGUGGUCAGCUAUGACCUGGUCAGUGAUUACCUGGUUGUGCUCUACACCAUCCCGGAAUUCAUCCCUGACGCUCGAGGCCUGGAGUUCCUGAUGAUUCUAGGGACAGAGUCCUAUACCAACUUUCCGAUGGUCCCCAAGGGCAUGUCCUACAACCCAUAUAACAACCUGCUGCUCAUCUGGGGCAACUUCCUCCUCCAGAGUUUUAACAGUGAAAACUUCAUUUACCUGGCGGACUUUCCCAAGGAGCUAUCCAUCAAGUACCUGGUGAACUCGUUCCGAGGGGACAUGGCCAUUGUCACCGAGAAUGAGGAGAUCUGGUACCUGCUGGAGGGCAGCUACCAGGUGUACCAGCUGUUCCCGUCCAAGGCCUGGGAGGUGUACAUCAGCCUCCAGGUUCUUCAGCAGUCCUCUCGCUACGCCCCCAAUGAGACCAUGGUCACCCUCUUCUACGAAGACAACAAACUGUACCAGCUGGUGUACCUGAUAGACAACCAGCAGGGCAGGCUCGUCAAGAGGCUCAUGCCCGUGGAGCAGCUACUGAUGUACCAGCAGAUCAAUAAUGAAUAUGUCUUGGAGCGGCAAGGGAGCCACCUGACGCUGUCCUUCUCCAACUUCUGCCCCUUCACGGUGAUGCGUCUGCAGGAGCUGCCCAACCCGCAGAUCUACACGCGCCAGGAGCGCUACCGCGCGCAGCCGCCGCGUGUCUUGGAGCCCUGGGGCUUCCACAGCGAGAACUCGCUGGCUGUCUAUCAGGGCCUCAUCUACUACCUGCUGUCGCUGCACUCGAAGUACGACAAGCCAUACGCGGAACCAGUGCACGACUCCACCUGGCGCUGGUGGAAGAACAAGAAGCAGGACCAGGAGUACUACUUCUACCUGGCCAGCAACUGGCGGAGCGCGGGCAGUGUGCACGUUGACAUGACCAGCUACGAAAAGAUCUACGACCUUAAGGCCGAGAACGAGCUGCCCGAGCGCAUCUUCCUGGACAAGGGUACCAGCUACAGCUUCUCAGUCUUCCUGACCGCCCGGAAGCCGGAAGUCCAGCAUGGCCCCUCCUUCCAGGUGCUGAGCCCGGUGGAUCUGGCUGUGGUGCUGGCGGACCCCGACUGCAUUGAGGCAAUGGUGAAGGAGAAGGUCCUUGUUAAUCGCAACUCUGUGCUUUUCUGGGUUACGCUCAGUGAUAAAAGGUCUUGCUUUGACCAGGGAAUUAGUGGACAUCACCUCAUGAAGACCUCCAUGCUCGUCAAUGUGUUGGGCUCAUCUGGGCACUGCUUCCAGAACACGAACCGGGGCCCCCGUAUGCAAAGCAACCUGAUGGUGCCAGUGCUUAUUGGCUGCCCGCCAGGCAAGCGCCUGGCCUUCGACAUCACCUACACGCUGCAGUACAACCGCGUGCAGAACAAACACUACUUCGACUGCGUCAAAGUGGACCCGGAGAUGCCCUGCUUUCUCUUCCGGGACAUCUUCUACCCAUUCUUCUUGAUCCAAGAUUUGGUGACGGGCGAUUCUGGCAGUUUUCAGGGCAGCUACGUGCUGAAGGUGGUGGGCGGCGGGCCCACCCUUGACACCAUCAAGGAAUACAGCGAGGAGGAAAUCUACCGCUUCAACAGCCCCCUGGACAAGACUGGCAGCCUCAUCUGGACCACGGAGAACACAACGACCACCGAGGACUUGGCCUUCAACAUCAUGUCCCACAACAGUUUAGGCAUCGAAUGGCUAUGUCUGGAGAACUCACCGUGCCAUGACACCAUUCCCCACAACAUCUUUGCCCCUGAAUUCUUCUUCAAGGUGUUGGUGAGCAAUAGAGGUGUGGACGAGAGCACCUAUUGCGACUACCAGCUCACCUUUCUGCUGCACAUCCAUGGGCUCCCGCUCAGUGCCAGGCGGGCCUUCCUCAUCCUCCUGGUGUCAGCCAGCCUGUUUGUCGGCCUGGUGAUUCUCUACAUCGUCUGCUGCCUUCUGUCGCCCUACAUGGUGAAGGUUUGCAAUAUCCUCCGCUGGAAGAUCAACAGCAUCAUUGGCUUAGAAUCUUCUUACACCUACAGCACCCCCUCCGACAGCAGGGCCUUCAGCCGCUCCGGGACCGUGUCUUGGAGGAGCUCCAGGUUAAACUCCAGGGUUGUCUACAAGGGGGCAGAGGAGAACAAGGCUGAAACUUAAGAAUGCCUUGAAGAGGAAGUCUACCACCUAAGCCUCUGGCCUGCCCCAGUACCACCCACCCUUGUCUCUUAUUUCCUGGGUUGCCUUAGACAUGCAACCUAUCGCUUGCUCAUCCUAGGCCUUUCUCCUUGUUUUGCUUGAAUUUUCACUUUGCAUUUCAGCAUCAGCUAUGGAACCUUGUAAGGACUCAUGUUCAGUUAGUUUGCACCACCCAGCUGCAUAGGUUAUUAAAAUAUCAAAAUCCUCCUGUG